GUGUGUUGCCUGAGGGACGGCUCCCGUUGGCGGUGAGGAAUAGUUAUCUGCUUAGUCUCAUCCUUCAUAUUUGGCAGUCUGAGGUGGAAGUCUGAGCCAGCAUGAAGACAGAAUCCCCUCUUCAUUAGAGAAAAACUUUCUGCCUGCUGCAGUUAAUUUCAAGUAGUGCACGAUGACCGAGCGUGGAAUGAAAUGGGCUUGUGAGUAUUGUACAUAUGAGAAUUGGCCAUCUGCAAUCAAAUGCACCAUGUGUCGUGCUCAGAGACCUAGUGGAACAAUUAUCACUGAAGAUCCGUUUAAAAGUGGUUCAAGCGAUAUUGGUAGAGACUGGGAUCCUACAAGCACCGAAGGAGGGAGCAGUCCUUUGAUAUGUCCUGAUUCCAGUGCAAGACCAAGGGUUAAAUCCUCUUACAGUACAGAAAGUGCAAAUAAAUGGUCAUGCCAUAUGUGCACCUACUUGAACUGGCCCAGAGCUAUAAGGUGUACGCAGUGCUUGUCUCAGAGGAGGACCAGGAGUCCCACAGAGUCUCCUCAGUCUUCAGGUUCUGGGUCAAGACCAGUCCCUUUUUCUGUUGAUCCGUGUGAGGAAUAUAAUGACAGAAAUAAACUAAACACAAGGGCUCAGCACUGGACUUGUUCUGUUUGUACAUAUGAAAACUGGGCGAAGGCCAGGAAAUGUGUUGUAUGUGAUCAUCCCAGACCUAACAACAUAGAAGCAAUAGAACUGGCAGACACAGAAGAAGCUUCUUCGAUCAUAAAUGAGCAAGACAGAGCUCGAUGGAGAGGGAGCUGUAGUAGUGGUAAUAGCCAAAGAAGAUCUCCACCCACAACCAAACGUGAAUCUGAUGUGAAAAUGGACUUCCAAAGAAUUGAAUUGGCUGGAGCUGUUGGCAGCAAGGAGGAACUUGAAGUUGACUUCAAAAAGCUAAAGCAGAUAAAAAAUAGAAUGAAAAAGACUGACUGGCUGUUUCUAAAUGCUUGCGUUGGAGUUGUAGAAGGGGAUUUGGCUGCUGUUGAAGCUUACAAGUCAUCAGGAGGAGAUAUCGCCCGCCAGCUUACUGCAGAUGAAGUACGCCUGCUAAACCGCCCUUCUGCUUUCGACGUGGGGUACACGCUUGUACAUCUGGCCAUACGCUUCCAGAGACAAGACAUGCUAGCAAUUCUGCUCACAGAGGUAUCCCAGCAUGCAGCAAAGUGCAUUCCUGCCAUGGUGUGUCCAGAGGUCACAGAACAAAUUCGUCGUGAAAUUGCUGCAUCCCUUCAUCAACGGAAGGGAGACUUUGCUUGCUAUUUUCUGACUGACCUUGUGACAUUUACCUUACCUGCAGAUAUUGAAGACUUACCGCCCACAGUCCAAGAAAAGUUAUUUGAUGAAGUACUUGAUAGAGAUGUUCAGAAAGAGCUAGAAGAGGAAUCUCCCAUCAUUAACUGGUCGCUGGAACUGGGCACACGCUUGGAGAGCAGGUUAUAUGCACUUUGGAAUCGGACUGCAGGGGACUGCCUGCUUGAUUCAGUACUGCAGGCCACGUGGGGCAUUUACGACAAGGACUCAGUGCUGCGGAAAGCUCUUCAUGACAGUUUACACGACUGCUCGCAUUGGUUCUAUACACGCUGGAAAGAGUGGGAAUCGUGGUAUUCACAAAGCUUUGGUUUACAUUUCUCCUUGCGGGAAGAGCAGUGGCAGGAGGAUUGGGCAUUCAUACUCUCUCUUGCGAGCCAGCCUGGAGCGAGUUUGGAGCAGACACACAUUUUUGUACUUGCACAUAUUCUUAGAAGACCAAUUAUAGUUUAUGGAGUAAAAUAUUAUAAGAGUUUCCGAGGAGAAACAUUAGGAUAUACCCGCUUCCAAGGUGUGUAUUUGCCUUUGUUAUGGGAACAGAGCUUUUGUUGGAAAAGUCCUAUUGCUCUGGGCUACACCAGGGGCCAUUUCUCUGCUCUGGUUGCCAUGGAGAACGAUGGUUAUGGCAAUCGAGGUGCUGGUGCUAAUUUGAACACUGACGAUGAUGUUACUGUUACCUUCCUGCCGCUGGUGGACAGUGAGAGGAAACUACUGCACAUUCACUUCCUUUCUGCUCAAGAGAUAGGCAAUGAGGAGCAGCAGGAGAAGCUGCUCCGGGAGUGGCUGGACUGCUGUGUAACAGAAGGAGGGGUUCUGGUCGCCAUGCAGAAAAGCUCUCGUCGGCGCAACCACCCGCUGGUCACCCAGAUGGUGGAGAAGUGGCUCGAUCGCUACCGGCAGAUCCGUCCCUGUACGUCCCUGUCUGAUGGCGAGGAAGAUGAGGAUGAUGACGAUGAAUGAUGGUGAAGAAAUGGAGAAGAAAAUGAGCAGUGUGGAGCACCUGACCCAGAGUUAGCAUUGUGCCCCAGCAGCUCAUUGUGGGACGAUGCGAUGGGAGAGUGAUAUGUGCUGUGAAGGACUUUUCUAACCAGCAUGGAGAGAGUGGAGAAGCUCAUCUGCUGCCCAAGGAGAGCACAGCGGGCUGGACUACCCUUUGUAUCCAAACAAAUAAAGAGAAAGAAAACAUAGCUAAUUUUAUUAUCAGGACACAGGGGAAAAAAAAAAAAAGUACCACAAAACACCCCCAGUUUUAAUUUCUGAUUGUAAAUCUGUCUAUAAAUGUCCUGCAUGUGGUGGUGUAAGAGGUUGGGUGAUGAGAAGAGCUAAUCCCUGCCAAGAAGUUGUUCAGCUAAGGGCACUUAAAGCACACAUUAGAUGGAGAACUCUUCCUUCCUGGAUUCUUUUGCAGUAGAACUUGGUCUUCUGUGUCACCUUUUAGACCCUCUUGACACAUUUCUGUCAAAGGCCCUUUUAUGUGAAACCUCACUAGUGCCCAGGUCAGGUUGUGAGGUUGUUUUG